AUGUUUCUGCUCCUCCUGCUGAGCUUUGCACUGUCCCCCAGAGUAGAAGGAGGCGAGAUCAUUGGGGGGCAUGAGGCCAGGCCCCACUCCCGACCCUACAUGGCAUAUCUGAAUACCUACAAUAAGAACUCUGGUCAAAUGUUUCAGUGUGGAGGGUUCCUGAUUCGAAAGGACGUGGUGCUGACUGCCGCCCACUGCCAUGAGAGCUUAAUCAAUGUGACUCUGGGUGCCCACAACAUCCAACAGCCUGAGGAGACCUGGCAGAAGAUCUCUGUGCUCAAAACCAUCCUCCACCCCAAUUUUAAGUAUAAAAAAUUUUCCAAUGACAUCAUGUUGCUGAAGCUACAAAGAAAUGCCAGAUUGACUAAGGAAGUGGGACUCCUCAAGCUGCCAGACUCCCAAAUCCAAAUGAGGCCAGGACAGGUGUGCAGUGCAGCUGGCUGGGGGAAGGUUAAACCUAAAGCUAAUUUAUCAGACCGACUUUUGGAGGUGGAGAUGAUUGUGCAAGAGAAUGCCAAGUGCAAACGUCGUUAUAGAAAUUAUAAUGGAACCACUCAGCUGUGCAUAGGGGACCCCAAGGAGAGAAAGGGUACCUUGAUGGGAGAUUCCGGGGGUCCUCUUGUGUGCAACAAUGUGGCCCAAGGCAUCAUCUCCUAUGGAAAGAAAAAUGGAAAACCACCCCGUGUCUGUACCAGAAUCACCAAUUUCCUGCCCUGGAUAAAGAACACCCUGAGAAAGAUGUAA